CCUCCCAGCCCCAGUUUCCACAUGGGGGAAGGUCUCUACCUGGAAAACAUGAGAACUACUUCCAAGCACAAGAAGAAGUUGUUUUCGCUUUCGUCAAUCCAGGCGUAUCUCUCUUCGUAGCAUGUGGAUUUAUAACAUUUGAACAUCGACUUCGACGUCCACGGAAACAAAAUGGGGAGAGUGAACGUCUGGCUGAAGCGGAGUUAUAUUAUCGUGACUAGUUUGAUCGCGAUCAUCAGCACCCUGCUGUUGGCCUUCACUCUGUUUAGUCAUGGAUAUCUCCAUAAGGAUGAAGAGAUAGAGCAGAUGAUAACAGGCCUACAUGGCAUGUAUGCUAUAUCCAUCAUACCUCUGCUCUUGUGCAUCCUUGGUCUGUUUGGUGCCUGCAAACAGAAGAUGUGGCCGCUCAUAGUGUUUGCAGUGGCGAUGAUUCUCGGCAUCCUGUUCCUGAUCGUUUGUGAGAUUAACGGGCUGGCUGUAAAACCUCAGAUGGCUGCAGAGUUGACAAAGUAUUACCAGGCUUAUCUUCCGCUCUUUGAGGCUGAUGAUGUUGUUAUAGCGGCCAUCCAGGAAAUACAAACGGAAUUCCAGUGUUGUGGACUGGAGAAAGGCUACAUUGAAUGGGGCAAAAACAUCUCAAAAUCCUGUCUGUGCGCUGAGGGGGCAACUAAUCCAUGUGUUGCCGCUCCUAUAAACGGGGAUUUUUUGGAGAGAACUGGUGUCCAGCCUGUCAUGAUUUAUCAAGAGCCGUGCAUUCCCCAGCUGAUCUCUCACCAUAUGGCUGUCAUGAAUGCUGUAUUGGGUAUACUAGUGGGAAUCAUAUUACUCUUGUUGUUAUCAGUGGUGUUGUGCAUCAUGAUUCUGUGUCGACUGAAUCGGAAGGAUAACACUCCAACAGUCGUCUACAGUCCAGAGGCAAAGGCAGGAAACUACGUCACUCUCACAGAUGCUGCAGACUGUACCUGAUGUUAGGUUUAACAGCUUUUUAUGUCGGCUUAAGAACUACAGUUUGGCACAACUUCACCGACUUUGGAGAAUGAAAGAAAGUCUUGAGGGAAUCAGAAAGCUCCAGCAACACUUGUUGUUGUUUAGGGAACAACUUUACGAGACCGACUGGUUUUGGCUUGUGGCCUUACUGAUGAGCCAACAAGUCCAAACAUGUCAGUCUACGUUUUUCUUUAAACUGCAAGUGUAGCCCUAGCUUGAAAAGGCUUUAGAAAACAUUGGGAAAAGUUGGAUUGUUGCUGGGACACAAAGUAUACUCAGAUGUUUGCCUUUUAAUAGCCAUCUACAAAGUUAAGUGAGCAUGGUUUUAUGGCUUUAUUACAUGUAUUGUUUAUAUAUUUUUUUAGCUAUGAAACCUUUAUUCUGGUUUUAUUCCGAAGAAUGUUUUAUUUUUGUCAGACUAAUGAAAACUUUUCUACUAUCUUUUGGUAUUUUAUCUCCACACUGAUGUCCAAUUUAGCACAUUUGAUCUCAACUUGAUGUAAAGGGGUUAAUAAUUUACAAGAAAUUAUAAAAAAAAAUGAAGCACUGAUAAAGAUGACUGCAAACAUAUUUACCUUAUGAAUGUUUAAGAAAAGAGCUUUAUUAUAAGAAUGUAUGCUUUUAUUCUGUGGUUUUAUACUUUAUUUUGUCAAACUUCAAUCCAGACCUCUUUUUUGUAUUUUUUUAAAUCAUCCUCUUAUAAUUCCUCACGUGUUCUUUUAUUCAACUACAGAAGUCGAGCAGUUUUAAGUCAAUAUUUGUAUGAAUUUAUGCUAAAAGGAUGUAAUUGGUACAUAAUAUUUGUAUCCCAUGGCAGGAUGUUACACAGAUACCACUGUAUUCUUUCUUUUAAUAUUUUUUUGGUGCCAAAGAAGAAAAUCCACAUGUGUAACAUCAUAUCUUCUUCUAAAGCCUGCUAUAUUCAGUUUCAUGUUACUACCUUAUCCAGAUGACUUAACUGUCAGCUGUUUCAACUAAAUGGCAUCAUUAUAAAUAUAAAACCUGCAAAUGUCAAAUCUGACAUGUUUAUACUGCAUGUAAUAAAAUGACAACGCUGUGGA